CGGAUACGCAUGGAGCCUCCAUCACCUCCAGCCUCCUCUUUACGCACCGACUCCCGAGAAUGCGCGCAGGUACGGGGAAGCCAGCCGCCUCGCUCAGCCGUUAACCUCCCUGUUUAAGGACUAAUAUGAAAGAAGUGGAUUUAGAGGUCUGACAGAGCCCAGAGAGGAGGCACAUACACACAUAUAUAGAUUUUUCCUCUUCUUCUCCUUCUUCUUCUGCUUCCCACCCCCUUCCCUGUGGAUCAUUCUUGUUUUCCCAUCACCAGAGCUUAAAGCAUGGAUGUCUUGGCAAACCACAGUAUCUUUCAGGAACUUCAGCUCGUGCACGACACCGGCUACUUCUCGGCCAUGCCUUCGCUGGAGGAGAACUGGCAGCAGACCUGCCUGGAAUUGGAGCGCUAUCUGCAGACAGAGCCCAAGCGUUUGUCGGAGCUCUUUGACCAAGACUUGGAUGGCCUCCUAACUCCAGCAUACAUGAAGGAGGAUGGAGAGGAGGAGCUGUCAGACACCCUGCUCCCCAGCCUGCCGAGCCUCCCAGAACCACCGAGCCCACCUCCGGUGAUCCUUUGCCCUACUCGAAAGAACUUCCCUUCCCCUGGCGCUGUGAGGAGAGACCUCAAACCCAAAGGACAAGGGCUGGAAAAUGUAGAGGGCAUGGAAGGGGUCCACCAGGCUCAGCUGAGUGCCGUCACCUCCCUGACACCUCCGUCAUCGCCAGAACUCGGCCGACACCUUGUCAAACCCAACCAGACGCUGACGGCCUCCGCUGAUGGGACACUCACCUUGAAGCUGGUAGCCAGGAAGGUGGGGCUUAGCGCAGCCAGGUUGGUGGCGGGGCACACGCUUCCUGUCCAGGUGAAAGAUGAAGAUGAGGGGGCUGCAUGUGUGAUCGGGGUUGGAGAGCUACCAGAAAACAAGAAGAGGAUUCACCGUUGCCAAUUCAAUGGUUGCAGAAAGGUGUACACCAAGAGCUCCCACCUAAAGGCCCAUCAGAGGACACAUACAGGUGAGAAGCCAUACAAGUGCUCGUGGGAGGGCUGCGAGUGGCGAUUUGCCCGGAGCGACGAGCUGACGAGGCACUACCGCAAACACACCGGCGCCAAGCCUUUUAAGUGCAACCACUGUGACAGGUGUUUCUCGCGGUCGGAUCACUUGGCGCUACACAUGAAGAGGCACAUCUGAGAGAUUCGGGAGAGGUCAGCGGGAGAGUGGAUGGAAGAGAGAGGAAAAGGAUGGAGGCAGAGUGGAAGAAAGAGAGGGAACGUCUGCAGAAAAAUAACACCUUGGAUUUCAGAGAGAGAGAGCAGGACGGAUUGAAAAAAAAAAAGAAAAAAAGAAAACACAAGAUCUGGUCUUUCUCGACUGGAGAAAUUGAAACCACACAGGGACUACAGACAGAAAUACAGGCAGACAGACAAACUGAUCCUAAGUGGCUCUGUCAAUCUGUGCACGACCAGUUGGUCCAUGAUUCCACGGUGACACAUCUUCACCUCACAACCAUCCCCCCAACUCCCCUGUGUCGUUGUGUGGACUAUACAGACGCUCCAUCCCACCCUUCAUAUGUGUCUUAGAGGGGAUGUGACAUGACGAGCGGCGGGCCACGUGCCUGUAGUUGGCAGCUUUUUAUUUCUCACCCUUUGCAGUCUUUGCCUUGCUGUGGUCCCUCUGUGAAAUGCUUCCAGCCCUGUUCAUGCAGCAGUGCUCCACAUGCCAGCUAGGACAUCAAUGCCAAACUGGACCAGUUGUACUGUAACUCUGGUGUACUGCGAGGAGUACUACUGUUACAACACAUAUUAUUGAAAAGAAGAGUUCAUUCAUUGUCAAUAGCAGUUCAGCCAAGCAAGCGCAAAGGCUGACUUUCACUCCCUCAAUACUCGCCACACCCUUUAGAAUUCACCAUUUCUUAUAUAUCCAACAGAUAUUUGACAGUUUUCAUCAAGCGUCUGUCUUAUCUGCCAACUGAAUCCAUUCAUAAAUCCCUAUGACUUCAUGGCAUAUGAGCACUUGCUUGAAUGGAGCGUUCCAUUAGAUUUCGAAGACUUGAAAAUGGGAGUGUGUCCCACUGAUGUGCUGUGAAGACUGACUGAGGUCAUGUAGGCGGUUAGCUUGCUCUAUGAACUUCCUUUUACCGGUUACGACUAGGCAAGGCUAACUUACCUACACUGGGAAAGACUCCUAGAACAUCAGCUGGAACUGAGUGGUUCAAGAGAUGCGAGAUGGCUCUUAGGAGUGUUUUUCCUCUCUGGGAUCUUAGCUCUAAUGAGUUGUUGUCAAAAAACUGUUGCACAAUUGACUCUGUUGGCAAACUUUUGUAAAAAUGUAUCCACUGUCUUGAACCGGGAAUUAAUUAGGGACUCAACAAACGCUGGCUUUCACGUGCCAAAUGAGCGUGGACAGCCAAAUGCACAAGUUGAAGCAGCUAGCUAGCUGUGAUAGCACACCGAACACAAAUGAAAAUCACUAUGUACGUAAAGGCUAUUUUAUUUCUAGGAAAUAGUUCUCCUGUUUUUUUGAAGAAGAAAAAAAAAAACAGUUAAAAAAGACAGCGUUGGAGAAUUCACUGGCAGCCAAAAAACAAUUAAACAAAAAAAAAACAACCUCUGCAGUAGAUGCCCAAAAUGAUCUCUUUGCACUUGAGAGUGAUUGGCAACUAACUAGCCACUAGGUUCUGUCCUUUUCAUACCAUCCUUGCAUACUACUUUUUCCAAUUUAGCAGCUCUUAGCCUUUUCAGAAACAAAUAAUUUUUAAAAAAGCACCAUUUAACAGCUCUUUAAACAUGGCCCUAUGCAGAACAAAGGACAUUCCCGAUCAACAUGUAGGACUGAAUGCAGAUUUCUACUCUGCCAGAAAUAGAAGAACUUUUUGGAAGAAACAAAUUUAACAAACUGGGUGGCUCUUCUCAGAGCAAAUCAGCGUGAAUGUAUUAUUGCAGGUCUAAACAUGUUGCUGGGCCCAGAGGUGUGGUUGGUAAGAUCAUACAAGGCACCAUUUGUAUUUAUACUUUUUUACUGUUAAAAUGAACAAUGGGAUUUGGAAAACUAGCUAGUCACACCUGGUAACUUUUACUGGACCACUAAGAGGUCAUGAGUAUGGAUUUCCAGUGGGUCUGGAGUGUGUUAGGGGAGGAUCGGAUCUGCUCAGUCAGCAAUGAUAACUGCCCCAUCAGCUCCACUGCAGUGGAGUGAAACCCACACGCACAAAGAGACACAUACAUUCACUCUGAGAAAACUGGAAUUAUCAUCUGUCCUGUGUGACCUGACUUUACUUAGAUACAACCAAGACUGAUAAAAAGGUCAUAAUUGUCUUCGCGUCGCAGAUGAAGGUAAACACAGAAGAGAGCUUGAACAAAAGUAGACUGUGAAGAUACUGACGAAACUUUACUGAGGACAGUUGCGUCAAAGCGUAAAUUCUUUAUUUUAAGACUUUAAUUUGUGUGCUUCGCUUUGAAGCAAAAGUUCACCUGCAUCUGUUUGCAUUUUGGAACAAAAGACACAACAUUUACUUUACUCUGUUACACCGGAGGUACAUAACAGUUUGCGCAUUAGUGCAGUCUAGCUCAAUAUUUUCUAGACACGAUAUAGUAGUGGCUCUGAAGGUAGAUACAGCGUCAAUAACUCCUUCACGUAGUGAACUUAUUCUAAAUGUGGAAGCAAGUCUGACGUUUAUUUGUUCUUGAGCAAAUACCUGUCAGAUAACUUGUUUUUUCUCUCUCCUGUCUUUACAAGGUCCAUUUGCAAAGACAAAAGAGACUGACCACUUAGUUUAAAGGAGGCCAAAUUUUUUCGCAGGCCUUCCAGAUUGAAACUAUGAGCGUGGACAGCCAAAUGCAACUAGUAUUUAGCUGUGUCUCAACUUGCAUACUUCCAUACUUGCUAUUGCAGGUGUGUUCCUUGAGGAAAAUCCAUUAGCUAAGUGAGGCAUGGUAAAAUGCUGCUAUCCACUUGUUAAGUCCGACAUUAUUAGCCAUUUCCAGGUCUAAAUGCUGCUUCCGUUUGCAAAACAUCAAGGCACCUUUAAAACAGUUGAAAUUCUUUCAGCUCAAAUAAAAACAAUUACUAUGGCUUUCUUUCAAGUGUAACAAUAAAGAUUCAUGUCCAGCCAUCCAUGAAACGGAGUUAGUAACUUUAGCAGGGUUAGAUGUUAGCAGGAAGUUAGCGGACUACAUAUAACAUGCUCUAACUGAAGUAUUCUAAAAAUAAAUAAAUAAAUAAAAAGACAAUAAUGCUAUACCUUUGGACAACAACAAAGAUGGAACACUAAAUAGUAGCAAUGUUUGGAGAGUUAGAGAUAUUUGACUAAUGGGAUAAAUGGAUAUUUGCACACAAUAAGUGCUACCUGGUGGCUAGCUGCAGAGCUAAAGCUAAUGUAAACACAAUAGCACAGGGAAGAUGAUGGAUUUAAACUGUUCUCCGUGUCGAGGAAGAAGGCGAGAAGCUGUCCACAGCUCAAGGUUAGUUAUGUUUUUGCUGUGCGGUUUAGCUAAAAAAAAAAAGAAAAAGAAAAAUCUUGGUCCUAAGCUUAUUAUAGUCACUGAAAUCUGAGCUAGCCUAAGAGUGAUUCUUUGGGUUAUAGUGCACAUAAUGAGCUUUUAAAAACUGAGCUUAAAGACGUGAUGCACAUGAAUAUUUCUAAUAAAAAAAAAAUUUAAAAACAGCUUUUUUCUAUUAACUAAAACACAGCACAAAGCAUUACAGCCUCAGACAAUGCAGUAAAUGCUUGGACCUGGAGACAGGGUUGAUACGUCGUCACUUAACUAGCAGAUUGUCAAUUUAUCUUCCUGCA